AUGAGACCGCUGAUCAGUCAUCAGCACCAACAGCCGACCCCAGAGUCAGACUCGGAUGCGACUGGCUCCUCAGAGGGGGUUGAUUAUUAUCUCCAGAUGUACUUUGGACAGUCCUACGACGGAUUAUCGGCCCCCCAUCAGCCAGGACACCGAGCACCGACGGGGAUCGCCGAGGAAGGUAGUCUUCUGCCACAGAAUGGUGCGACGCGGAACAGUUUGGAAACUGAGCUCGCCUCGAUCCUCUUUGGGCCCGAGGAGCCCUCGUCGGCUGACUCGAGCGACCUCAGCCCGGCAUAUGACGAUCGGCUCGCUCGGGAAGCACCGCCGGCACCGGCGCAGUGCUCCUCAACCGGCCGGUGGAGCGACGACAGCUCCUGCAAGGAGCAGCAACUAACCCAGGACCACGACCAGCCGACGCUAAGGAAUAUCCACCCAGCUCGUCUCAGCCAGAGUCAGGCCGAUGAGCCAGACGUGCGGGGUAGUACUAGGACCACAGCCACUGGCACUGGAUCGUCGGAGGAUGGAAAACAAGAGAAAAUAACUCAGACUCAGACUCAGCCUGGCUUGAGCGGAGACUCAUCCAAGGAGAAUAGCAGCUACCCAUCCCUAUCCUACUUCAGCAGCUUCGACCAGGACGACUUCCAUCCAUUCCUCAGCUUUCCAUCCCCUUCAUCCCCGUCCUCAGCAACAAAGAACAACAGCAGCAGCACUAGCAGGAAUAAUAAUAAUAAUCUCGAGAACUGUUUUUCUGUCGAGUACAACACAACUAGCCCUAGUGGUGGUGGUGGUACCACCAUCCAAGAUUUCAAGCCAAGCUCUUCCACCAAUCUCCUCAACCAUCCAAUCUCAUCCGCCAUCUCAAUCUCAGCCGAUGCUCGUUAUCAGUCCACCCCACACCAUCCCCAUCCAAUUCAUUCUUUAGAUACAACAAUUGACUGCUACCCACUUGAUCCAAUCAGACCCUCCUUCGACCUCCUCCAUCAGAUGAGCACCUCCUCUUACUCUCAGCCGCCGCCGAAAACCCAGCCACUCGAUCUCUCCCAAUUCUGGUCUGACUUCACACCCUCCUCAACCCGGACCGCUUCGGCCAAGGCAACCGACCCGGUAGCCUCUGAGAGCGAAGACAACCAGCAGCCCGUCGAACUGGAAUUCAGCCACUUGGUAGCUGAGGAACAAUGCGCUCCUUCCACCCCUCUCUCUUCUUCUUCGUUCUCCUACGAACCAGCUGGUGUCACCAGCAGUGAUCACUCAUCCCAAUCUAUCCCCAAAAGGUCCCCAAAAUCCUCGGACGGAUUCGGUAGACCGUUCGUCCCGGCCGAUCCGCUGUCUUCCUUAUUUGCGACUACCGAUCCUGGAACCUCCUUAUAUCCUCAUCAUCAAUCUAUCACAAGCUUCCAGGACCUUCGCGAGUUCAAUGAUACCUUUCACAAUCUGCUCAAUUCUUUUGACCUCUUCACCCCCGCAGCAUCCUCACCUCACCCGUCAAUCCUUCCUUCGGGUCAACCUCCGCCUCUUUCAGCACCCUUCUUGAGUACCACCGCCUCAGUUAGCACUCGAUCAACACCAGCCAUCGAUCCUGCCUUUGCCUCUCAACCCCAAACUUCCCCCUCGGCUGUCCAUCUCACUCAUCAUAAAGAUGAACCGUCCCUCACAUCAACGUCCCCAUUACCGUCACCCGCUAGUCUCUCUUUGUCCGGCCCUCAAUCUGGUGACCAGUGCCGCCGCACUUCUGAAGUAAUCCACCCCAACCACCACCACAAAAAUCUACUUAUCAGUCGCUCGGCGUCCUACAGUGCACUCAACAAGCCUAUCACUGCAGCUGCCGAGGUCCCGACUGAAGUUGAACUGGCUAUUCCUCGUCUCAACCGCCUCAAUCUUUCAGAACCUUACCCCGGUGACCUCAAAUUAUUGCUCAUCGGACUCCAAGCCGAAGGCGCCAAAACCCGAGUUGAGACCCAGAUCAAACUCACACUGGUCCUUGUCACUGGCGAAGGGGCUUCGAUCGAUCAGAAUGGUGGCCUGUCAACCUCAACACAACAUAGUCUUUCACGCUUGGGCAACUGGUCUCACAUCAAGCUCCCAGUUUACUCGGCGAUUAAGCGGAAGAGUAAAAAGUUGAUUAAAACAGGAAUCCCCCCAGAAGAAACACUCUUCUUGGAUGUCGCUGUUGUCCGAGAAAGCGAACCACAAGAAGAGAUAUAUUGCUGCUCAAAUUGCCAAGUUCGCGAGCAAAAAAGACUCCAACGAAAGAGAGAUGCUCGGGUCCGACCCGCUCAAGAGAUCGAAAGUGACGAGGCGGAACAAUCGAUAAGACCGGAAGACGAGAAACGAAAAAUUGUGGUCUUCAACUGUGGCCAGUACGUCAGCUUUGACUCCGGAGAAGUCACGCUGCCAACCCGGAUCACUUGUUAUUGCCGUCAUCAUCGCGAAAAAAGGGGUUUCCGAGUCAAGAUUACCUUACGUGACCAUACCAAUCGCUUUGUCGCAACUGCUACGACUCCCGCUAUAAUGAUCACUGAUGAUCACAAGGCAGUGGCUGCUGCUGCGAAGGCCAGAUCUGGGUCGGACGCCGAAGACAGUCAAGUACGUCCUCGACCAAUACGCAAGCUUCCUACUACUGGCCCAGCGUCCGGUGUAUCUGGUGCCCAUCGUACAAAGAAAAGGUCGAUUACUACUUCCGGUGAAUCCAAUAGUCAGCUAGCAUCCACGCCAGCCCAAGAUGACGGGAGCUAUGGCUCUACCCCCCGGUGGACGCCUAAUGCCGCCGCAAAUGAUUACCUCCAUUUACAGUCCCAUAGAUCAAUUUCCACGUCAUGCAAACGCAAGGCUCCCGAUGAACUAAACCUGCGCGUAAAUAUUGGGAAGAGGACCGGAUCACAUCAAACGGCUACCAUCAAUCAGAUGAUUGGACCUUGCGAUGCUUCAUUGGCCGACAAAAGUUCAGAGUUCGACGGAGAUUACCAAAUUAUACCCCCUCCAGGAUCCUCUCGCUCGCUCGAAGAAUGUUCACCACCUCUAGCCCAUCAACUCCAUCAACGAUCCUAUGACCGUACCGUUUCGAUGCCCAUGCAUACGUUACCGCCUGACAUGAGACAACCUAUUUCCGGAUCAAAUUACCAGUGGAAGGAGUGUCCAUCCAUUCCAAAACAGUCCUACCAGGAGCACAUGCCCGUCUUUUCACGUCCUGACGCCAAGCCCAUUUUGUCGAUCGAUGUUGAGAUGAAGGACCCGAGUGAAAACGCACGGAGUCAGCCUACAGACAAACGUUUUCAAUCCCUAACAUCGAUCGACGAGACUAGGUCGAUCGACUAUUCGACAUCUGCUACAGAUAUCUCUGAAAUACUACAUAAGGAUCAGGAGUCUCGACCCUCGGAACACUCUUCCCAAGGCGACCGAGCCCACUCGGCAAUUCAGCAUAUUGGAAAUAAUUACGGUCGGUCUCACCCAAGCUGCUCCACAACAACCUCUUCACCGGAUCAAAGACUCGCCUGCCCAUUUGGCUCCCGAAUUGCUACCCCACCACCCUCAGGCUCUUCUGAGGCCAGCCCGAAGCCUUUUAUUGAUUUCCCAGGAUACGAUCAUCACGCAAAGUUUUCGAACUCUACAAGUCGAUCCAGCUCGAUUGUAUGCACUCAAAGUAGAGGAUGCAGUGAUGAGAGCAAUAACGGCAGUGAAGUGGAUCGCACUCUAUGCAUCUUACCAUCUCAAUCUGAGAAUUCCCCAGACCAACAACCCGUAGAUCAAAUCGACGCUCAUUCCAACCACCCCAACGAAGUCUCACGGACCGGUUCUCCAGUUGAAAAUUCUCCUAUGUGCGUAUUAGGUAGUUCUCUGACGAAUUGGAACGUCAAUUCGGGUAUCCUGCCUCAAGCUUCAGUCACAAGCGCGAGCCUCAAGCCUUCGGUCACCCAGGUUCCAGCCGAGGCGCGCGGGGGAUCAGUCAGCAUUCACCCGGCGGUGAUUACCGAUCGAUCACAAGCAACUGGGAGCGUUUUGAAAAACGCACAAGCUCGAAUUAGGAAGCUGGUGCCCAACGAAGGGCCAGUGGAAGGUGGGAUCGAGAUCACGAUCCUCGGGGAAAACUUUGACCGGGACCUCCGGGUCGAUUUUGGUGGUGUGGGAGGGCCGGUCCGGCCGGAAUUCUGGUCGGCUAACACACUCGUCUGUACUCUCCCGUCGGUAGCCGGACCCGGCCCCUGCGAGGUCGUCCUCGUCGAUGGGAACGGCCCGGUACAGUAUGGCGAAGCCUGUGCCCCCGCAAGACUCUUUAAGUACGUCUGCACGGCCGACCAACGGCUCAUGGAGGUGGCUUUACAGGUCGUCGGCCUGAAGAUGACUGGUCAGGUCCAGGACGCUAUCCACUUCGCUCGUAGAAUCGUCGUCGAGACUCACGAGCUUGACGGUUUCCAUCCCCUUUCUUCAAAUUUUUUGAUCGAAAACAAAGAAGGGUAG